UGGCUUUCCUUUUGAGCUCGCCCUACUUCCGCCCUGUCUCUCGGAUUACCUUUGGCGUUUUGUCCAGACUUUGACUAAUACUUUAGUGUACAAAUUGGGAGAGCGCAAAUUGCACAACUUUCAGGAUGCUGGCUACAAUCCGCAAACAACUCAAAAACCACCCAGCUCUGAUUCCACUCUUGUUCUUCAUUGGAGGCGGCUCGGCCAUGUCCUUGCUGUAUCUUGCUCGCCUGGGCCUGAGGAACCCAGAUGUCUGCUGGGAUCGCAAGAAUAACCCCGAGCCCUGGAACAAGAUGGCCCCCACUGAUCAGUACAAGUUCUUUGCCGUGAACAUGGACUACAGCAAACUGAAGAAGGAAGGCCCUGACUUCUAAACCUGUCCCGUCUGCCGGACCCAAAGCACACUGAUUGGCUGAUCUCUUUGGACUUCUUCUGGGAUUCUGAGGGCCGCAGAGGCGAAACCCCGCACAAUGUUACACACAGUUUGCUCAUUGCAUCCCCUCUUUAAAACCUUUUCUUUCUCCUCUUCCGUUUUUGGAUGGCUGUCAAUAAAGUGAAAGGAGUCUUUUCUCCUGUUUACAGAGAAAAGAACCAGUUUGUUUUAUUGUCCUCAUCCAGACUGCUUCACUUUUUAUUUGCUUUGCCACGCUGAACCUUUUUACCUCAUUUCACCUUCAUCCUGCUCACCUUUGUGCCACUGGAGUCUUGGCGGCGUUCCGGAAUCUUGUGGACACUUUCUGUCCCGGUCGCAGCCGCACGGAGGGCGCCCCCUGGUGGCCCUGCAGUGACGUCACCAAACAGCCCGCAAACAUUGAGCUGUUUUUGAAAAGCAACACUUCAGCGAGGAAAAAGGAAACCGGUGGAGCGUUUCAUCUUUUAGAAUAUCAGCGCGCACAGUCUGAUGAGUUUGUAAAUGUCAACAUGUCGCCGCGUUGGAGGCGGCAGGGAAGCGGCAAAGCUGAGCAGCUAACGCCGUGCACAAAAUGUCAAGAAGACCUUUUCUGUUUGAACAGAAGCCCUCGUCUGAAUCGCACACACCCACCUUCUUCACGCCUGCACCUUCGCAUGCCGCUUCUUCAUUUCCAUUUAGGAACGGUGUGUGCACAAUGUGUCAACCCUCCUCGCCUAAAAUAAGUGCUAUUUAAUAAUGGCUGCGAGUCGCAAAAAGUCAUUAGUUGGUGCGUCUCAAGUUCACUUUUAAACUUCUUACUGUUUACAUCAGAGGUGUCCAAAGUGUGGCCCGCAGCUAAUUUUUUUACCGGCCUGUGACACAUUCUAAAAAAAAACAAAUUAAAAAAACAAAAAAAAAGUGGAAUAAAUGAGAAAAAGUUACAAUGUUGGUUUUAGUAACACAAAGUUGCCAUGCAGACACAUUCUAAAAAAAACAAAUAAAAAAAAGUGGAAUAAAUGAGAGAAAGUUACAAUGUUGGUUUUAAUAACACAAAGCUGCCAUGCAGGUUGUUAUUUUCUUUAAAACUGUCAUUGCUCAAAAUUAAUGAAAUAAAAUCACUGUUAUAAAUUAUUGACCCAUUCAAGGCUCCAAUUACUUCAGAUGAAAAAUCAAUUUUGAAAUCUUUUCUGAGGGGAAAAUUUGCAUAUUUUGUUUGCCAUAUAAAAAAAACAGUUUUCUUUAAAAAAAAGACAUAAAACAAAA